UUUUAGGAAUAUCCCGCAAAGUAAAUAUCUGAGAGACUCGAAGAAAGCAAGACGCAAAGCGGCACACAUUUCGAAAACCUGCUUCAAAAAUGGUAGACUGCCACCGGGUUUUAAAGGCAGCAUGUAUAAUUUUCAACAUGAUUAUGUACACACUACUUCUGGUCAUGAAUUACGCUGCAAACAACAAAAGUGGGAUCCUUUUUGGGAACAAAUCCGUCAGUCAGGUGGUACGAAAAUACUCCAUCGAGUUCAGCCCUGCGCCUUAUGCCUUUGAGAUCUGGAAGCUCGUAAACGCGUGGACCGCUGCAUGGAUUCUAUACACGCUGUCUUACAUCUUCAGAAAACGCAUGCCCGAUGCUUUGAGUCCGUUUUUCUUCGUUUGUUUUACGCUGGCUACCGUUUCGAACAUGGCUUGGACUCAGUUCAUUAGCUGGGAGAUGAUCAAGGUAACAUCAGGCUUCGUUUUCGCUAUGGUGGUGUUCCUCUACGCGUCUCUCGCUUGCAGCUUCGCUGGUUUGUACAAACAGCGCUACUUCAUCAGUCGAUUCGAUUAUUGGGUCAUUCACAUGCUGGUAAACAAUGGGAUUGCUGUGUAUGCUACAUGGGUCACCGUAGCCGCUCUUCGCAGUCUGGCGUUAAUUCUGACGUAUUUCCACGGCAUAGAGCGAGAACUCUCGGUCACAAUCGCUUUGGGAAUUCUCAUGCUGUUAAUCGUGGUGUGGUUUAUCCUAGAAAAUACAAUUUUUAGAGAAGAUCUAUUGUAUACCAUAACAAUUUAUCCAGUUUUAAUUUGGAUUUUUGUCGCCAGCAUAAUCCUUAACUUGAACCGCGUAAGCCGCCUAAAUACGGCCAUUAUGCAAUCUCUUCUUGCCGUGUCGUGUACACUCUUUAUUGGAAAAAUUAGUCUCGUCGUGUGGAAAAUCAUCAACAAAUGUCGAGACACCAGGGCAAAAGCUGAUCUAGCAAUGAUGGAGAUAACUCCCGGGUCUGAUGAGAACCGCGAACAAAAAUACACAGACAGAUCGGAAAAUCAGGAACUUGUCGAUUAGGGUUAUUUCAAGCCAAGCACAUUUGCUGUUAAUAGAUCGAAUUAUCGAUAUUGUAACCCUACCCGCAAUACCGACCACGCAUUUUAAAGAUGCUGUAAGUGAUUCUGUCACGCUCUGUUUAGGCCUUAAUGGUGUAGCUAAUAUAGGGCUCCCGGUGAUAUCAAAGCGGACAGGAAAUUAGAGAUGCUAAAACGUUGACAGACUUGGUUGACGAUAAACUCGACUCUUUUGCUUUGUUUUGUUUUUGUAGGAGCCCUUAAUGGACUCCUUUUUCUGACAUCCAAACGAUUGCUCCUGGGUAAAAGGUAAUGUUGGUAAGAUAUGUAUCAUAAUCACAAAUUCCCUGUUGAUCGAUUCUUAAUCAAUCAGCCUUGGCUGAAAGCUUUUUGAACUAUUCAAAAAAAAGAGAUAAGAAAUGUUCAAAAAGAGAUAUUUGAAUCUCGUUUUGCCACGAGCUUCGGACAAAUGAAAACCAGUUUUA